AGCCUCAAAAUCAACAUCUCUGCAUCUGAUUUUGAUUGAGCAAUCUUUGACUUUGGAAGUUUGGAGCGUAGCAAUUGUAUCCAAGUGGCAUAGUAUACGUAUGGGAUUGUGUUAGGCCUUUGGUAGGGGAUAAGUAGUACGAAUAGCGCUUAUCAGGCUUCAUAUUGGCAGUAAAAGUACCCCCCAGACCGAAGUUUGAUCCGACAAUGGAGAUAUCCAGAAUGUAGAAAAUUAUAUGUAAUUAUGUUGGAAAAUCACAGGUGUCCAUGAAGGAAUAUUGUGCGCUGGCGUGUAUCUCCGGCAGUCGUAACACGCAGAGUACUAGCUACAGAUGCGCGGCCAUGAUUCGGCAGAGUUUAUACCGCCUGCGUUCUACGCAGGCUGUGCUGAAAGUCAUUCUAACACGAUGUUGGAAAUCGUGCAGUGCUGCGUGCUUGGUGUUGUUCCUGCUCUACUGGGUGUACGGUGGUGCUGCCAUGCUGACGUUACUAUCCGUAGCAUUACUAGGGGCAUUUUAUCAUUAUCAGGACUCGUUCCUGUACCUACCCGAGACUCCAGAGCGCUCACGGCUAUUUGUGCAAACGCCAAUGGCGUUCUCGUUGCCUUACGAGAAUAUAUACUUGCGUACAGAGGACGGAGUGCGGAUACACGCCUACUUCAUCAAACAACCUCCUGGCAUGCUGCAGACGGUGCCCACCAUUCUCUUCCUGCACGGCAAUGCGGGCAACAUUGGCCACCGCCUGCCCAAUGCACAGGCUCUGUAUGUGGAAUGCCAGUGCAACAUUCUCUUGCUGGAGUAUCGCGGCUUUGGGCGUAGCGAUGGUGCACCCAGUGAAGCUGGUUUAUUUUUAGAUUCCAAAGCUGGCAUGGAUGUACUUCUGAGCAGAUCCGAUAUUGACAUUAGGAAAAUUAUAGUGUUUGGCCGAUCGCUUGGCGGAGCUGUGGCAGCUAAGCUCUGCUCACAUCCAGCAUAUGUGGACAGAGCCUGUGCUGUAUUAAUAGAGAAUAGCUUCUCCAGCAUUCCAAUGCUUGCUAAGGUCCUGUUUCACCCGCUGGCUGGCAGAUUACCGGAGUGGGCGUUUAAAAAUCAGUUUUUCUCAGUAAAUUCAGUACGGCUGAUACGUGCGCCAACGUUAUUCCUGUCGGGACUCGAUGACCAGUUGGUGCCUGCGUGGAUGAUGGAACAGCUAUUUCAGAAUUGCGGUGCCCCGGCGAAACAUGUUCAGCGCUUUCCGCAGGGCGGUCACAACAACACAUGGCAGUGCCGUGGCUACUACAACACAUGGCGUGCAUUCCUGUCACAGGUUGCACUAGUCAAUAGCUUUUCCAUACGCCCGUACACCGAGUACGAGCAUCAGGUCGGCCAGGUGAUCGAGUCCUUUGAGCAGACCGACGACCAGCCUCCCAGUCACUUGCGUAGCAGCUCGGCGUCGUCGCUACACGAACCCAUACUGGAGCACUCGCUCACCUCGUCAACGUCCUCGCUCGCAUCUCUAGCCAGCAACGGUCCCGCCACCACCCACCACGGUUACAGUAUUCAAACGACGAGUAGCAACUCGGCGCCAACGUCGGUUCGCAAGGCUUCGGCGCCGUCACGCAAGAACUCACGCAGCUCCAGCAACCCACCGAGUAUCGGUAAUUGUGAUGUGCCCACGUUGCCGGUCACCGGUGGUGGUGGCCUGUCCGGCAGUCCAGCAGCGCCGCUAGCAGAGCAAGUGCAUCAAUACCAGUCUAACUGGGGAGCACGCGAGACUGGCGGCAUAGUCGUCAACGAGUCCGCGCUGGACUGCGGACCAAUGUCCAUACGGCAAAGUGCUAACCUAACUGAUGUAUGGUCAGUGUGAUCUCUGUGGACGGACCAAUGUCCAUGCGGCAAAGUGCUAGCCUAACAGAUGGGUGGUCAGUGUGAACCCUGUGGACCGAUCUCCAAACCAUACGGCAAAGUGCUAACCUACCCAAUGUGUGGUCAUUGUGAUCGCUGUGGACUAAUCUCCACACCAUACUGCAAACUGCCAACCAAACCGAUGGGUGGUCAGUGUGAUCACCGUCACAGCUGCUGCCGCUCCUGUGCGAGGAAUGUGCAUGCACAAAGGUCCCCACGUGCUAGGAGUGUGCAUCCGCACAGGUACUUCUUGUGAGAAGAGUACAGAGAUGCUCUCGUGCAAGGAGUGUACAUGAGCAAAGGAAGCUCCGUGCCAUAUACGUGGUGCUGGCGUUGUGUUCCCAGGUGCGCAUUGCCGUGAUAGCCGAUGGACCGUUUGUGUGUGUGUGUGUGUGUCCGGGUGUCCGGCUGCUGUAUUGCUCAUGGCAAGACACACCGUGUGUGAGUGAGCGAGGGAGUACGAGUGUGUACUACAUGUACCUCAAACUACACGGUAUUUAAUGUGCGGCGGUGGUCACUGGUGAUGAAGUGAAUGCAGCGCCAAAGAGAGACCUCUGGAACGAUGACACUGUAGAUGUGUGCAACUUGUAACUAACACUGCUCUCGCAGUCAUGAUGACACUACAAUCGACAUUGACCAUGGACCUACUGCCCUGAUGGGCCGCCAGUUGAGACAUAGCAAUUACUGCUAGGAUCGUGCUUUCUUGACCCUCUUGAGAGCUAACAACUGAUGAGACGCCAUAUAGCUUGGAACUAUUUUCUAGGGUUUUCAAUUUGAAAUUAUACCAGUUUUUACCCCAUGUUUUUAGUUUCUGAUAAUUAUGUGUCUGCUCAUUUCUUUUAAAAGUACAGAAUUCCCCACUCUCCCAGCACACCACCAGUGGAGAACCACCCCAUGUAACACACCAAAUCACAAAACGCCCGCGCUCAGCUGUAUAUUCCCGACUGCAACUGCAACUAGCAUAUUAGCAUAAUAUUUUUUUAAGAACAAACCAGUAACAAUCACUUUUUAUCACCUAGGAAAAUUGAGGCUAGACUUGAAUUCUUGAAUCUUACUAAUACUAAAAUAUAAAAAUAAUUCAAAAACCAGA